AAAGAUAACAAACACAAUAUUGAACAUCUAACAUGUAUAUUGCAAAAUAUUGAAUAUUGCAACGUUUGACACGCCAUAGCCGCUUGCUAGCUACGGCGCUAUAGGAUCUUUGAUCAGGAGUUUAACCGGACCCAAUCCAAGCAUCUUGAGACAUGGGAGGACCGAAGGCAGCCGUUCCUACUAAGAAUUACAGCAUUCGUCUGGGGCAAACCAUCUUCUCGUUGUGGUCCGCCUCCAAAGACAUGUACGCCUCCUCCAGUGCCAAGUACUCCAAGUUCAAGCUGUGUCAGUCCGACUUCGCUGAGCACUUGCUGAAAUUUCACACGGAGACUGGCUGCAGUCUGUGCUGUGGAGAUGCUUACAUCUCUAAGUUUCGGAAUGUUGGAGUUCAGACCGAUAAAGAAGAAUGCAAAUGUAAAAGUAUGGAGCAACGUUGGAGAGACGACGUCUGUGAUCCCAAAGGUCCCACCAACAGAAAGCCUGUACAAAGGCAUCUUGAUUGUGCUAACUUUACAAUGUACCCAGAGCAACUGCAUAACUGCAGGAAGCUAUUAAGAGAGCAACAUCUUUCUCUUCCAACAUUACACGAUUCCCGGCCAGAUGACAACCUUGGUGAGAAGAAAGACUUGAGAGAUGAGGAGGAGGAGGAGGAGGAUUUUGAUGACACUGAGACGCUGACGGCAUCAGAGGGAGGCUCUGAAGAUGAAUCUGAAGUCUCUCCUGUAAGCAACACAAACUUAGGUUCUGUUGGGGGCAAUACAGGACCCAGUGUGAACGCCAACUGUGUACAACUCUUAGAAAGACGGAUCCAAAAGCAGAGAGAUUCUGUGGAAGGCAUCAUCUCCAAGAUCAAGCAGAAGAUCAUGGGAGAAGAAGAGGAGGUUGUUACCGUGGCAGCCAAGACUGAGGGGAAAAAUUUGCAGCAUAGCAAGAAUGGUAUUGGUUUCCACGGCAACGUGGAGAGGACAGAGGAGAGAAACGAAGAUGAUUUGAUCACUGCACUGUAUUCCAUGGCUGCUGGCAGUGACGUCCAGUAUCCUGAGACGACAAGCCGACACCAAAGAUAUCCUGCACAGGGGAUGCGGGAUACCAUGGCAACUGAUCAAGUCAAGGAAGAGGAGGAAAGAUGUGAUGCUACCUCGGGGAGAAGCACUAGCUGGGAAGGACUUAGUCGGGUGCCCCCACAGCAACAGGACUGUAUUCCUACGAUGGAGUUAUUGUGUGGCAGUGAAUUGUACGCGAAGGUGGAAGAAAACAUUGAGGAGGAGCAACAGGCAACAGAGGAGAUGGAUGUCUUCCAAAAUGCUAAUGAUGUUCUCAAGAUGGACACAGGGCAGGAAGUCAUAUCUCAGGAAUUGCAAGAGAAGAAACUCAAGAGGCUAGAUGCAGUGUCCAACCUAGACGAGAUGUUCAGCAGGCCAAUCAAAAUGUCCAAAAAGAAAAAACACCAUUCACAUCGUCUGGACAUGAAGCUAGCCAAACUGCCCAGGCUGUACGAAUGUAAGAUGUGUUGCCAUCGCUUCCAGAAGUCUACUGAAAUGAUCUCCCACUACGCCAGAGAACAUCCAAACCAGCUUGCUGACAGCGUGCCAGGUAGGGAAGGGAAUGUCUCAGACGUGGUGACAGCAAGUAACACUUUCCCAGUACUUGACGUGAACCAGAUCGCUACCAAGCUGAGGCAGUGCAAACAUUGCAAGGAAUAUGUGGACGACGUCAAAGCCCAUCGCAGAAUCCACUCGGUGAAGAGGUUCACUUGUGACGUCUGCGGGAAAGGAUUCGUCUUCAGAUCUUCCCUUCGGAAACAUCAGAUGUGCCACAACUCGCAGCGGCGGUCGCUUCAAUUCCACAAGUGUGAAAUGUGCGACAGAACCUUCACCGACAAAAUGUCUCUGGAUGCCCACGUGUUUUCAACUCACCAACCUCAUUCGUAAGCAGUGCGGCAAGUAGUUUGUGAGGAAGAAGACACUGGCUGUGCACAGACGCACCCAUCUGAUGAAAAAGCUGUGGGUGGGGUUGCACCCAGAAGCACACCAUGAAAGUGCACAUGAGGACUCAUAUAGUGAAGUCAUACAAAUGAGGAUAUUCAUUUUAAGUCUGCAAAUGAACCCACAUCAUGCCUAGAAACAGUAUAACAGGCUUAAUCCAAGUACCAACAAGUACAAAGUAUUUCCGUCCAAGAGCACAUUUAACUUGAGUGCAUACGUCUGCAGUGUAUUCAAAGUUUGAAUUUUGUGGGAUCCAGAUCUCCUUACGAUGGUGUAUUUUCUUGGCAUAGAAAGAAAGAGAGAAUAACAGUCUAUUCACCCGAUUCAAAACGGUUAUUUGCUGGAAGUCCACGGGCUGGAUUUAGCCCAUUCAUUCAAAGGGGUAAUCCUGUUCAAACGUUCGGGCCAAGGUGAGACCGAAGCCAGUUACAUUUCACAAGUGACGAUCAGUCAGUCAGCCAGUCAGUCGGGCAGUCUGGAACCUCUCUGGGACCAGCAAAAGAGUAUAAUUAUGUCUACAUUAAAAAGAACAAAGCAGGUUGGAUUUCAGUCUAUGUAUGUAAAUCUAGGGGUUGAUGCAGGGUUGACGCAGGGUUGAAAACACGCAUCAUUUGCACACUCGAAAAAUGUCAACCCUGCGUCAACCCCGAGAUUGAUUUCGCCCGGGGUUGAGCUCAACCCUGCUCCAGACCAGGGUUGAGAUUUUCAACCCAGGCUGAAAUUCUUGACAGGGUUUAAAACAGUAGUAACGGAGCAUGAUAAGCUUGAUUUGCAUGAAACAAGUAUGAAAUGAUGCGGGGUUGAACGUGGGGUUGAAAAAUAAAAAACUUAACACCGGGCGGCACUGGGUUUUCCCGGGGUUGAGUCGAACCCGGGUUGAGAGGCUCGAGUGAAAAGGGCUUAUGGGCUCAUUGCACAAAUAUCCUCUCAGCGAUGAGAAAUGGAGAGUUGGGGAGAUCAUUGGGUGAAACAUUCAAACGCAUAACCGGCGAUGCCUGACACUCAUGCGAAGACGCUGUGGAUUUGUGCACAUUGAGAAUAUAAUAAGUCAUGCCCUCUUUGCGUUAUACGCGCGCGAACCAGUACGUGCACGCGGUGUGUCCCGCCAACUGGGCUUUCAGAAGUGGUCAAACAGCGCCCUCAGUUGUUUGUGCACAGAGCCCAUAGUUACUAUGAGGUUAAUGGUUGAAAAAUAGCACUUAAUUUGGCUAUUUUCUUUGCAGACAUAAAAAUUAAUGGAUUAAUGUGGAUAACGUGGUUUUUUUUGUGGUACGAUACAUUUGUAGCUAUCCAUAACAUUUCCAGCUUUACUGUAUCUUGCAUACAGCCUUGAUGGAAACGUACCUGAAAAAUUGAUCAUCAAAUUCUUUGGUAUGUAAAUGUGAAAUAAAAUGUGACAAUUAUUUUAAAAUAAAGGGUGUCUAAAAAAA